UUUUAGUGUGGGAAGCCAUUUGUACAAGAUGAAAUAGAAUUUGUCACCCUUAAAAUAAAAGGACAAAGCUUUAUGUUACAUCAGAUAAGAAAAAUGAUUGGUUUGGUAAUUGCAAUCAUUAGGAAUGUAACAGAUGCCAAUUGUCUGCAAAGAUGUUGGAGUAACAAUAGGAUUGACAUUCCUAUUGCUCCAAGCAUUGGACUGAUGUUGGAAGAAGUCUGUUAUGAGAAAUACAAUAAAAAAUAUGGAAACGAUGGAAUACAUCAACCUCUGUUAUGGAAAGAUUGCGAGAAAGCAGUGAAUGAAUUUAAAGAGAAAUUCAUAUACCCAUCUAUAGUUGAGGCAGAAAGAAAUGAAAAUUCGUAUCCUUUACAAACUUAUUUUUUUGUUAUAAUAAUUUGAAUGAUUAUUUUUAUGCAAGUGUGUAAGUUAAAAUAGUACAAUAAAAUUUGUAAAGGUAGGAGUUGCGUGGACUCUAAACUUCCUGGCUUAAGUAGGUUUUUAAUCUUAGGCCAGAAUAAUAAAAUGAUCACUGCUUCAAAAUAUGAACAUGCAUUUUUUUAAAAUCAAGUUUCAGUCUAUACAUAGCAUUUAUAUUUAUUAAAAGACCUAAAAUAUACAUUCGUAUCUAACAAGAAUAGGUCAUGAUGUAGCCAUUAUAGAUUUCAGUUAUAUUGUUUGUACGGAUAAGCCUUGGUACGAACCAUUAUUCAGAAAAGCUUCUCAAAUGUUUUCACAAAAAUCAAAGUUAAAAAAUCCUGAAUGACUUGUUGUGCAGAACAUAUUAGUGAAGAACACGUGACUUGGUAGGAGUGUACCUUACAUGUGUUUGCAAGAUUGUGUCUCAAUGAGCAAGUUUUUUCAAAUCAGUUCAAUUUUUACAGAAAAUCAUUUUAUAUCACCUUGGUUUAUAUAUUUGUCUAUUCGUUUUCUGUUAAAAAUGUGCAUUUUCUAUCUUUGAAAAUUCCUUUUUGGAAUUGCCGUCUAUUAAAAAUAAAUCAGUACAGUGAGAUCCCAUUAACAUGACAUCCGGUAUGCUGGCACAUCCAGCUCCGUCUUUGGGGGAUCGAUGCACUGGGUAUUCGUCUGUAUUUAAAUGCAAUUAGGUAGCAAGUUAAUUAAGACUAAAAAUAGUAAUAAAAUUAAUUAAUAAUUAAAUCUCUGGCCUUUACACCAAAAUUAAAAAUAAAAUUAAUUGAUUUGAUUUUAAUUGUAAUUAAUUAAUCAAAACAUAAUAUUUUGGAAAGUGUGGAUAAAGUACUUGUUGUCUAUCUUGAUUGAUUUGGUUAUAUUUCAUCUUGGCAGUAAGGGUUAAGUCUCUAUCUAUAGCACUUAUAAAGUGUUAGUUUCAGUUUUAGUUGAUGAUGGCGGAACAUUUUGUUUUUAAUAUAUGUAAUAAUAAUAAAUAUAGAUAUAAAUAAAAGUGUACAAAACACAUAGUAAGAUUAGAGUGUUCUUGUUUCAAACCAACCGAAGGUAGGAAUAGUCUGGAAAAAUAGAAAUGGCAUGUUAAAUAAUAGUAAAAGGUGGAUUUGUCCUGUUUUACAGACAAAGAUAUAUAAAAUUGUGUCAGGGAAUUGAAAAAAAACUGGAAAAAAUUUCAUUGUCCAAUAAGUUGGCAUAUUCAAUAACCCAGCACCACAUCAGUCCCGACGAUACCGGGUUAAUGGAAUGUCACUGUAUUUUACAUUUAAAGGCUCGUGUCAAAUAAGUUGCAAGUGCCAAGAUACUGUUUCCAGAAAAAUGAAAAACCCCUAAAUUGUACUGGAGCAGUUGAAACAAUGAUUUCAGUUAAAAGUAUAGGAAUAAUGCUGCAAAAAAUUGGAUCAUUUUCAUUGUGAGAUACUUUGAAAAAUAUUUAACUAAAUAUCAUCAAAAGAAAAUCUGACAAUAUUUUGGUUAUGAUUUUUGAAAUGCAGUUAGUUUAUUUAUUUUAUUUUGCAUUAUUAUCCCUUAUUUAUCUAAUUGUUAAACAAAAUUACAAAACAAACUUAAUAUAUUAAGAAAUACAAUAUAGGCUAGAGUCUUAAUGGAAAGUAAAAAGAUUAUAUACAGUUUUUAAUCAUUAUAAAAUAAUUUCAAGUGAAAUUUUUUAAAAACAAAUAUAAGAUAUAGAAAUAUAGGUAUUGGGUCAUUGCAAAAGAAAUGGCCGUUUUUUAAAAUUUAAAACUUUUCGGCCUUGUAGUUCAAUUUUUUUUUCCACAUGAACAGUGCUGUAUGUUUGCAAUUGGAAGAGUGCACAUGUAAUUUGUGAACUUAAAAAUGCAAUCUCAUUUAUAUUGCAAGUUCUACAUGUUUAAAAGUAC